UUUCAGUAUUUAAUUAACGUCGUUAUAGUGUGCAACUUAUAAUUUAAUUUAUAAUAUUAAGAAUUUAUAUUAUAUAUUCAUUAAAAAAAAAUUAAUAUACAGGAAAAUAAAAGAAAAUUAUUUCACAUUUACAUUUAUGCAUACAAUCGUUUGAUAUUUUAAUAAUAAAAUAUUAAAUAAUAAGAAUAAAUAUGAAGAAAAUUCUAAUUUUAAUAAUAUAUUUAUAUAAUGUUUGUUAUUGUGUACCUGUUGAUGUCGUCGACACUGAUGGAGCAAAUAAUAACGAAACAAAAAUAGAGGAGAAGCAAAUCUUAAUUAUUAUAAGUUAUGAUGGUUUUAGAAAUGAAUAUUUACAUAGGAAUGUUACACCAAAUAUGUUGGAUUUUAGAGAAAAUGGUGCUUAUGCAGAUUACAUGAAAAAUGUCUUUCCAACAAAAACAUUUACAAAUCAUCAUUCAAUAGCAACUGGAUUAUAUCCUGAUAAGCAUGGCGUUUUAGCUAAUAGUUUGUACGAUACGGAAAAAGGACCACUAAAAUAUUCAUAUGAUUUAUUUCAUUUUAACCCGGAAGUUGUACCUAUUUGGAUUUUGAAUCAACAGUAUGGAGGAAAGUCUGCAUGUGUUAUGUGGCCUGGGAGUAAUUUUGAAUAUUUAAAUCAAACUUGCCAUUAUACUAUGAUUUACAAUACCUCAGUGCCAUUCAAUGAUCGUGUAGAUCAAAUGAUUACAUGGUUAACUAAAGAAACUGAUGCUCCAAAUUUAGUUAUGUUUUAUUCAGAACAACCAGAUAAAUUAGCACAUAUGGUUGGUCCAGAUUCAAGUAAUAUAACUGAUAUGGUAGAAAAAAUGGAUUUGUUAACUAAAUAUAUACAAGAUGAAUUAGCUAAAAAUAAUUUAAUUAAUCGUACAAAUGUUAUACAUUUAAGCGAUCAUGGUAUGGCUAGUACAUCACAACCUUACUUUAUAAAUAUAACAGAUUAUUUAGAACCAGAUACAUAUAAAUAUUAUGGUACAUCACCUGUUUUACAAAUUGUACCUGAAAAAGAAAAAUAUGAUGAUGUGUAUGAGCGAUUAAAAAAUGCUUCAAUAGAAAAUAAGAAUUUUAAAAUAUACACAAAUGAAAAUUUAUUAGAACGUUGGCAUGCAAAUAAUACCAGACGUUUGGGGCCAAUAAUUCUAGUAGCUGAAUAUGGAUAUGCAUUUGAUGAUAUGUAUAUAUUAGCAAAUCAUUUUCGAAAAGAAAAUAAUGUGCCAUUUACUAUGAAUUCAUCAUAUGGUGUACAUGGGUAUGAUAACGAAUAUGAUUUAAUGCAUGCAUAUUUCAUGGCAAAAGGACCACAAAUUAAAUCUAAUUUUAAAUUGAAUCCAUUUGAAACUGUUGAUUUAUAUGAACUAUUUAUUAAAUUAUUACAAAUUGAUGAUGUCAAAUUAAAUUAUAAAACAAGUGGUUCAUAUAGUAGAGUUUCAGGAAUUUUAAUUGAAAAUAAAUCAUAUUUAACAAAUAUAAUAGUCUCAGUAGUUUUAGCUGCCAUAGUUAUUGUGUUAUUAAUAAUAUAUGCUGUACAUCAAGUCAAAAAGCGUCAAAACUAUAAUGUUAAUAUUUGAUAUUUAAUAUUUAAAUAAUGAAUAUUAAAAUAUAAUUAAUCACUUUUUUUUUCUCUAUUAUUUGUAUGAAAUUUUAUUUUAUUUUUUUGGUUCUUGAAUAUUGAAGGCUGUUCAAAUGUAUAUAAUAUAUUAUUGUAUGUACGUGCAUCACGAUGUGAAUUUCAUAUUUUGCAAUAAUAUAAUUUUCUAUUCUUAAUUGUAUAAAAAUUUAAAUACUAAAAUACGAUAUUAUUUUUUUUAAUGUUCUUGUUUUUCUUUUUAAUAAAUUGUUAUCAGAAACAAAUUUUUAUAUUGUAUAAUAUUAUGUAAUAUUGUUUAUAUUCUAAUACAUAUUCUGAAUCAAAAAAAAUAUUUUUCGAAAUUUGUUUUUAAAAUAAGGUAAUGUUGUAUGUAAUUUAAAUAAAAAGAAAUUCAGUGCUGUUUUAUAGUUAUUGAAGAUAAAUAUUUGUUAUAUUACGUUCAGUGGAAAAAUAGACUCAAUAAUAGUUAAAAAUGUAUGUAUGUACAGAAAACAAAAAAAUUAUGAUAUAGAUGUAUGUAUAUAAAAGUAAAUAUAUAAAAUAUAUAUUAUAUACAAACUUUUAAAACAAAUAUUUUAAUUAAUUUAAAAUUUCUUUUUGUUUCAUAGUCCUGGUAAGUAGUACAAGCCAAAGAGAACUCUUAAUUUAAGAGCUUACCUUGAUAAAGAAAAAAUAAGGGAGUUUACAUACAUAUUUAAUUUUUUCUUAUUAUUCUAGCAUUUUCAAUUCUUUUUUAUGCGAUUUUAGUACAAAAAACAUAGACGUUUACUAUUUUAAAAUAUUUAGUGCAUAUUUGAGCCUACUUUUAAAUUAAAAAAUUUUUAGUAGCUUAGAGUGAAUGGUUGAGAAUUUAGAAAAAAGAUUUUUAGAUUUCCGAUUAUGUUGCAUGGUACGGGUUAUACAUACUAUUGUAGCAACCAAAGCCAUAAUCCUUGAACCAUGCUACUUUGAUUUUAAGCUAAAUUAUUGCCAUUAUUCAAUAAGAAAUUCUUUUUUUUUUUAUCUAAAUAUUUUUAUAAUUGUUUUCUUAAUUAAUAUUCAUUUAAUUUGUAAUUCCAUAAACUUUUAUAGCCAUAAACAUUUGGGAAAAAUCAAAAAUUUUUUGGUAAUGUUUUAUAUUUAAAGCUAUUGGCAGUACCAAUAUGCAUGAGAAAGUUUCCUUUUGAUGAAAUCUAAUGUUUAAUUAUAUUUACAUGUAUAAUAUGUUAUUGUUAACUAAAAAUAAAAAUGUAAAUGAAAUGGUAGUGAAAAAUGGGUUGACUACUGACCUCAGCUCAAUUGAAAAUGCAAACAUGUUAGAAGUGUAAGCGAAAUCAAUGCUUGUAAAAGUAAAAUUGAAAUGAACUGAAAAGAAAAAAAAAUAUUAGUCAAUAGGAGUUUAUUUAAUUUUUAUGGCUUUGUUAUUCUGUUAUCGAAAUUCAUUACAAGCUAUUACAGCUUUAUUUAAGUGACUAAAUCAGGGCAUAAUAUGCAACUUUCGCUUUAAAUAUUAAACAAUUUUUUUUUGUGGACAAGGAAUGAGUAAAUAAAAAAGAAAGAAUGUAAAUGGUUAUUUACAAAAAAUAAGAAUAUUUUUCUUUCUUAAAUUUUUAACAAUCAGUCAAGAC